AUGGCACCGUACGAGGCACUGUACAGUCGUAAGUGUCGCACUCCUUUAUGCUGGACUGAGUUGGGCGAGCGAUGUGUUUUGGGUCCUGAGUUGGUCUCUGAGACAGAGGAUAAAGUUAGAUUGAUUUGGGAUCAUUUGAAACCGGCUUCUGACAGGCAAAAAUCUUAUACGGAUUUGAAGGGGUGUGAGAUCGAGUAUUCUGUAGGGGACUUCGUUUUCUCAAGGUCUCACCAUGGAAGAAGGCGUUACCGCUCUGAUCCUACUCAUAUUGUCCUUGUUGAGGAGAUUGAGGUUAGGCCGAACUUGACCUUUGAAGAGGAGCCUAUACAUAUUCUGGAUCGUGACGUAAAGGUUCUGAGGAGGAAGUCUAUUCCUUUAGUGAAGGUUCUAUGGCGUAAUCAUAGCACUAAGGAGUCCAGGUAG